CAGCCUCCCGAGCGGCGAGGAGGCCGGAGGCGGGGUAGGGGAGUUGCUGCAGCCUGCCUGCCUGCCUGCCUGCCAGCCCCGCGGAGCCCGGAGCCCGCCUCCGCCAGCAUGGGCAUCAAAUUUCUGGAACUCAUUAAGCCCUUCUGUGCUGUUUUACCCGAAAUCCAGAAGCCUGAAAGGAAAAUUCAGUUCAGAGAGAAAGUUUUAUGGACAGCUAUCACCCUCUUCAUUUUUUUAGUAUGCUGCCAGAUACCAUUAUUUGGAAUCAUGUCCUCGGACUCCGCCGAUCCCUUCUACUGGAUGAGAGUCAUCCUCGCAUCAAACAGGGGCACUUUAAUGGAGUUGGGCAUCUCUCCCAUCGUGACCUCCGGACUCAUUAUGCAGCUCCUGGCUGGAGCCAAAAUCAUUGAAGUGGGGGACACGCCAAAAGACCGAGCUCUCUUCAACGGCGCUCAGAAGUUGUUCGGAAUGAUUAUCACGAUUGGCCAGGCCAUUGUGUACGUCAUGACGGGGAUGUACGGGGAUGCCUCUGAGAUGGGGGCCGGGAUCUGCCUUCUGAUUAUCAUCCAGUUGUUUGUUGCUGGCUUGAUAGUCCUGCUGCUUGAUGAGCUUCUGCAGAAGGGCUACGGCCUGGGAUCCGGCAUUUCCCUCUUCAUUGCCACCAACAUCUGUGAGACCAUAGUUUGGAAGGCCUUUAGCCCCACCACCAUAAACACGGGCAGAGGUACGGAAUUCGAGGGCGCCGUCAUUGCCUUGUUCCACCUCUUGGCCACGCGCACUGACAAAGUCCGCGCUCUGCGGGAAGCCUUUUACCGCCAGAACUUGCCAAAUCUCAUGAACCUCAUCGCGACCGUCUUUGUGUUUGCCGUAGUCAUAUACUUUCAGGGAUUCCGAGUUGAUCUCCCGAUCAAGUCUGCACGUUACCGGGGUCAAUACAGCAGCUACCCCAUCAAGCUCUUUUAUACCUCCAACAUCCCCAUUAUCCUCCAGUCCGCCUUAGUGUCCAACCUCUAUGUCAUUUCCCAGAUGCUGUCUGUGCGCUUCAGUGGCAACUUCCUGGUCAAUUUACUCGGCCAGUGGGCGGACGUUAGCGGAGGCGGCCCAGCACGCUCCUAUCCGGUGGGGGGUCUCUGCUAUUACCUCUCCCCCCCGGAAUCCAUGGGGGCCAUCUUUGAGGAUCCGGUCCACGUGAUCGUGUACAUUAUAUUUAUGCUGGGCUCUUGUGCCUUUUUCUCCAAGACAUGGAUCGAAGUGUCUGGAUCUUCUGCCAAAGACGUCGCCAAGCAGCUGAAAGAGCAGCAGAUGGUAAUGAGAGGGCACCGAGACACAUCCAUGGUUCACGAAUUAAACCGGUACAUCCCGACAGCAGCUGCCUUCGGAGGCUUGUGUAUCGGGGCGCUUUCGGUCCUGGCUGAUUUCCUGGGCGCCAUCGGCUCCGGCACUGGGAUUCUGCUGGCAGUCACAAUCAUUUAUCAAUAUUUUGAGAUCUUUGUCAAAGAACAGGCCGAAGUUGGAGGCGUGGGGGCUUUGUUUUUCUAAACAGGCCAGCAUUCUCCUGGCUUGUGACAAAAGGAGGGAAACGUCCUUUGACCUCAUCUGAAUUCAAUAAUGCCAUUUUAAUUUAUUUAUUUUUGUUCCCCCUUCUUUUCAAAAUGAGUCACCCCAUUUGUUCAUCAAUGGGCUUGUGCACAGCUUCAGAGCUGGCUGCCUUAAAAGAAUCAACGUUUACAUUGUCUUGGUUUAAAGAUAUAUACUAAUAAUAAUCCAAACAUAUUUCUUUCUCUCUCUCUCUCUCUCUCUCUCUCUCUCUCUCUCUC